AUGAGACAAAAGGGUCACAGACACGGAGAAGCAGUGUCACCUUGUGCCGGAUGCAAGCUUCUUCGGAGAAAAUGUGUGAAAAUUUGCGUCUUUGCUCCAUAUUUUCCGGCUAAGGAGCCUUACAAGUUUGCCAUUGUCCACAAGAUCUUUGGUGCUAGUAAUGUCAAUAAGAUGUUGCAGGUGUUGUCGGAGAACCACCGGAGCGACGCCGUAAAUUCGUUGGUGUACGAGGCGAACGCGAGGGUACAAGAUCCUGUGUACGGAUGUGUAGGAACAAUUUCGUCAUUACACAGACAACUCGAAACUCUCCAAACUCAGCUAGCUAUUGCUCAGGCCGAACUGGUUCAUAUGAAGACGCUCCACCAUGUUGACACUAGAUCGUCGCCGUAUAUGGCGAGUAGCAUUACUUUCCCCGCGAUCAAAGACUUCUCCAGUGACGACAACAUGGCUUUUAUGUACGAUAAUGGUGCCGGCGAGUCCCUUUGGUCGUGCUAGCUUUUCCCUGAUCUAUCCGUGCAAUAGUUAAA